GCCCCUACUCAUUCUGUCUCAGUCCCUCUCUUCCUUUCUUGCUUUCUCUCUCUUUCUCUCCUGACUCAAAUUCUCUUUCAUUCUCUUGGUUUAUCGUUUUCUCGCCGUAGAUCUCAAAUUUCUCAUUUUCUCAUUUUCUCAUUUUGUCGUCUCUCGCCGGCGAGAGUCGACUCAGAUUCGACACGGGCCGUCAGAUGUGCGGACUUUGACUUGGGCUCGUGAUCCGAUACACCGCCGGAGUGAGCUUCGACGAUGGGCCAGUGCUACGGCAAGACUAUUCCGACGACUGAAAAUGAGCCGAACGCAACCACCGUAACUACCGUCGCCACCACCGUAACCACCAUCACAACCUCCGUGCAUCAACCUCAGAGUACGCCCCAUAGCUCGCAAAACGGCGUCGUCAGCGUGAAAAACACGCCGGCCCGGUCGUCGAACCCUAGCCCGUGGCCGAGCCCCUACCCGCAAGGCGUUUCGGCUAGCCCCUUGCCAGCGGGAGUAUCGCCGUCACCGGCGAGGUCGUCGACUCCGGGGAGGUUUUUCCGGCGGAGGUUCGCGCCUCCUUCUCCGGCGAAGCAUAUAAAGGCGUCUCUAGCCAAGCGGUUCGGUAAGCCCAAGGAGAGCCCGAUUCCCGAGGAGCACGGAGUUGAACCGGAACAGUUGCUGGACAAGAGUUUCGGGUAUGGUAAGAAUUUUGGAGCUAAGUAUGAGCUAGGGAAGGAGGUGGGGCGAGGGCAUUUUGGUCAUACUUGUUCUGGUAGAGGCAAGAAGGGCGAGCUCAAGGACCAGCCUGUGGCUGUUAAGAUCAUUUCCAAAGCCAAGAUGACGACAGCGAUAUCGAUUGAAGAUGUUCGUAGAGAGGUGAAGAUAUUGAAAGCUCUAUCUGGGCAUAAGCAUCUUGUAAAAUUUUAUGAUGCAUGUGAAGACGCCAAUAAUGUUUACAUAGUCAUGGAAUUGUGUGAAGGUGGGGAACUUCUUGACAGAAUUUUAUCUAGAGGUGGAAGAUAUGCAGAGGAAGAUGCAAAACAUAUAGUUGUGCAGAUCUUAAGUGUUGUUGCAUUUUGUCAUCUUCAAGGCGUUGUGCACCGUGACUUAAAGCCAGAGAAUUUCCUUUUCGCUUCUAGAAGUGAAGAUGCUGAUAUGAAGCUUAUUGAUUUUGGUCUUUCUGACUUUAUCAGACCAGAUGAAAGACUUAAUGAUAUUGUUGGAAGUGCAUACUAUGUUGCACCUGAAGUCCUCCAUAGAUCUUAUAGCCUUGAGGGAGAUAUAUGGAGCAUUGGUGUUAUCACAUAUAUCCUGCUAUGCGGAAGCCGACCUUUCUGGGCACGAACAGAAUCUGGAAUUUUCCGUGCAGUGCUAAGAGCUGAUCCGAGUUUUGAUGAUUUGCCCUGGCCUUCUAUGUCUCUAGAGGCCAAGGACUUCGUAAGAAGGCUUUUGAAUAAGGACUACAGGAAAAGAAUGACUGCUGUCCAGGCUUUAGCUCACCCAUGGUUGCGAAAUGAUAGUCGUCCCCUUCCUUUAGAUGUAUUGAUCUACAAAUUGGUCAAAUCAUAUCUCCAUGCUACGCCCUUCAAACGUGCAACACUUAAGUCUCUUUCGAAAGCCCUGACAGAGGAUGAGCUGAUAUAUCUUAGAGCCCAAUUCAUGCUUUUGGAACCAGAUAAUGAUGAACGUGUCUCUCUUCUUAAUUUCAAAACGGCUCUUCAAAGAAAUUCAACUGAGGCGAUGAGGGAGUCGAGGGUUGUUGAUAUACUAAAUGCUAUGGAGCCACUUGCUUAUAGAGCGAUGGACUUUGAAGAAUUUUGUGCGGCCGCAAUCAGUACGCAUCAAUUGGAGGCCCUUGAAGGUUGGGAGCAGAUAGCCUCUACUGCUUUUGAGCAUUUUGAACGCGAGGGUAACCGAGUCAUAUCGAUCGAAGAAUUGGCCAGAGAAUUAAAUCUUGGCCCUUCUGCCUACUCUGUCCUCAGAGAUUGGAUCAGAAGCGCAGAUGGAAAGCUUAGUUUCCUUGGAUAUACAAAAUUUUUGCAUGGUGUCACGGUCCGUAGCUCCAACACCAGACACCAUUAGUUUUAUUCCUUUUUUUUUUUUUUUUUUUUCUCCUUUCUUUCUUCUAUUUCUUUUUAGCCUUUUGACAUAUAGUUUCUUAUAAGAUUCAUGGGUUUUCAGAUGAUUUGUGGGAAUUUUUAUUUUUUGUUUCCUUUUUGGGGUUGGGGUAAAGAAAAAUGUGUAUAAAUGAACAUGUUAGUCAAGCCAGUUGGGAAUUUCGAGCCGAUAUUUUUUUGAAAAAAAGUUGAUGAUUUUCUCCUUGCUCA